UCUCUCUUCUGCUGUAUGCUGAGGUCCAGUGCAGUCGGCUCAGUGUCUGUGUCCAGAGCAUUAGAGGCCUCAAGCCUAAAGUCCUGCAGCCACAAGUCGGUCAUCAGCAGGGGCUGCAGGCUUCCUGUCCAACACAGCAGGCUCAUUUUAGACAGAAUGGAUGGCAAAGAUGUAGAUUCCGAGGUCAUGGAUCCAGCUAUUCCUCACGUCAGUGCAGCGGGCAGCCCCAGACGGGGUCCUUCCGAGGAGCGGGCACGCUGUGAGUGUAUGAGGUCCCCGGCGGCGGAGAGAGAUGUGCGGCUGGAGGUGCCGGUGACAGCUGGAGACAUGGACGGAGGGGGAGUGCUCGGCCAUGGGGGGCUGAGGCUCCUGGCUUGCUUUCUGGGGGUGUUCGUCUGCUACUUCUACUACGGGAUCCUGCAGGAGACAAUAACACGAGGGUCAUACGGCGAAGGAGAAAACAAGGAGAAGUUUCGUUUUGCACUGUCGCUGGUUUUUGUUCAGUGUGUGGUUAACGCCUUAUUUGCUAAAUUAUUGAUUCGAUUCUUUGAUGCUAAGGCCAAGCCUGACCGCACACAGAAUUGGCUCUAUGCUGCCUGUUCGCUCUCUUACCUGGGGGCCAUGGUGUCCAGUAAUUCAGCACUCCAGUAUGUAAACUACCCCACACAGGUGUUGGGGAAAUCCUGUAAGCCUAUCCCAGUUAUGCUCUUAGGAGUCACCGUCCUUCGGAAGAAAUACCCUCUGACCAAGUAUCUGUGCGUGCUGCUCAUAGUGGUGGGAGUCGCCCUGUUUAUGUACAAGCCCAAGAAUAGUGUCUCCGGUGGGGAUGAUCAUGGGUUCGGUUACGGAGAGCUGCUACUGUUGCUGUCUCUUACCUUGGACGGACUGACUGGAGUGUCUCAGGAUCACAUGCGGGCACAUUACCAGACUGGCUCCAACCAAAUGAUGCUUCAUAUCAACCUCUGGUCCAGUUUAUUUCUUGGAGCAGGUAUUGUGUUUACUGGAGAAGUUUGGGAGUUCCUGAGCUUCACUGAACGAUACCCAGGUAUCAUCUACAACAUUCUGCUCUUCAGCUUGACCAGCGCCUUGGGACAGACCUUUAUCUUCAUGACCGUGGUGUACUUUGGUCCUCUCACCUGCUCCAUCAUCACCACCACUAGAAAGUUCUUUACCAUCUUGGCAUCUGUAAUUCUCUUCUCUAAUCCCAUCAGUGGCUUGCAGUGGGUUGGGACCCUGUUAGUGUUUUUAGGUCUAGGACUGGAUGCCAAAUUCGGCAAAGGAUCCAAAAAGCCGUCCCACUGAUACCCUUUUACAGGAGCCUUCAGAUGACGUAUUCAGACCUCACUCACUGUUCGUCUAUAUAAAUAUGUCCUUUUUUUUUUUUUUUAAUAUUAUGGGAUACGUGUAACUAUUUUAUUAAUGACGGAAGGGCUGGAAUUUUAUGCUGAGAGAGAGAGUGGGAGUAUUAAACGCGAGAAGAUGGAACGCGUCUCUUUGCCUUUAAUUCUACUUGUUUUAACUAUUACGGAGCAGACAGUGCACAGCUAUAGCUUUUCCCCAGGAUAGCCCCCUUUAAUAAAAGAUCUGAUAAAUACUACAAUGCAGAGACGCUGGGCACACAGACUUCAGCUUGGCUCUGAAUCGUACCAUUUGCAUAACUGCGGCUUCAAAGUUGGAGACAGACAUCUCCCACCACACAUGAAAGCAGAGGGAGCAGCUGUGUAGAGCUUCCCAUCUGGUGCCAACAGCCCUCCCUGCCUUUAUCCCUAUCCCAGCCCCUGGAUCUCAUUAAUACCCAGGACUGGCACAACCAGGCUGGGGACCAGUUUGGCUGCUGGCGGUGGAACACGACCAAGGACAAGGAAGAUUUAGAAGAAACGAGUGGAAGGAAUAUUAAUAGACAGGUUGAUGUUUCUAUUAUGGCUGUGACCUGGUGAUCGGGCAUCAAUGAUGGGCAAGGACAGCUGAGGAUUGAUAGGAAGGACUUGAGACUUCUGGUUCUACAUUAUAGAUAUUACGCCAUAUUGGCAGCAGCUGAAAGCCCCUUUAAAAAAGCAGUGUCAGAUAAAGCAAGUGUCUGCCAUGUUGGACAGUGGCAUCAUAGAAAUGUGGGAAUUUAUUUAUAGACUGGCACCAUUUCCGGGCACAAGUUACUAGUGUUUAUGCAGCCAUUUGGCAGCCUUUGCAUCAAAUGAAAAAAAGAAAAGUUUUGUCAAAACUUGUGCAAAAGAAAACCUGACCAAUCAGAUUCCAGCUCUUGUUUAUUAGAAAAUGAAUGUAGCAAUCUGGUUGCUAUGGAUAAGAUCCACUUGGGUGGUGCAGUGGGCUCCCUUUCACUAAGUGGUGCCACUUGGAUAUGUUUAGGUGACCUUACAUAUAAUAAAGGGCAGUGUUCCCCAACCUGUGGCAAAACUACAACUCCCAUCAUGCCCUUACAGUGGUAGGUCCGUUUUCUGUGUCUCUCCAGCCAAUGCCAAAAUCCAGCUUUAUUAGGACAAGGAUAUAAGACAACACCACCUUUUGGCUGCCAAGGCAUGCUAGGUGUUGUAGUUUUUCAACAUCUCGGGAACAUUGCUUUAAGGCCAGUCCAAUUAUUUAUUUAUUUUUAGUCUGAAUACCAUGCCAGAGUUUUUUUCAGUCUGUCAAAGUCUUGGAUACGGUAUGCAACCACUCUGGCAUUUCAGAUGUUUCUUUUUCAUGGUCAGAAUAGUGUAGCGUUCUGUAAUAUUGAAACAAGCAAAAAAAAAAUACAACUUAUAUGUCAGAGAGCGGGAACGGAUUUGUCGUAUCAUCCUGACUCCUGUAAAAGCAUAAAUCAUGACACCAAUGUGAACAGAACCUAAGAGAAAAGACUAUGGCUCCAAUCCUGGUCAGGGCAGCAAUAAUUAUUAAAAAAGUUAAUAAAUGAAUUGAUACUUUGUAUUAAACAUAAUGUAGCAUUGA